AUGCAGGAGGACUACCGCCGUGACGACCGUCGGCGUGAGGAAGAGGAGCGCUAUGAGGACGACCCCCGUCGAGGCCGCGACGAUGGCCGUGGUCGCGACCGCGAUGGCUACCGCGGGAAGGAGGAGUACCGCCGUGAGGAGCGUGGUGAAGAGGAUCGGAGAGGACGACCAGGCGGAGGCCCACGCCGCAACCGGGAGGAAGCAAGACCUCGCAGUCGCAGCCGCGGCGGGGGGGCAUAG